CGAGCGAGCGAGCGAGAGAGCGCGAUGGCCGGGGGCAAGAUGGCGGCGGCGACGGCGGCGAAGUGGGCGGAGGGGUACCCGUGGAAGGAGAAGCUGGCCAAGUACAAGGGGGAGCUGAGCAAGGGGGUGUGGGGGUACUGGGAGCUCGGGGCGUGGAAGCCGCUGGGGAUCAGCGGCCGGCAGCGCGCGCGGCUCCGCAAGGAGGUGCUCCUCGCCGGCGAGGACUGGACCUACGACCCGCCCCGCGGCGAGAUGCGCACCAAGCGCAAGGGCCACAAGGUCGACCGCAUCGCCGCCGAGAAGCGUGCCAACACCGUUGAGCUGAUGAAGAAGAUGCCCCAGAUGCUCCUCGACUACAAGAAACGCAGAUGGGAUAAAAAGAUGAAAGAGGAGGAGGCGGCAGCAGCAAAGGCUACUUAGGGACUGGCCUGCUGGUGAUUCUACCGUUUGUUGUGGCAAUCGGGAAGGAACUCUUAAUAUAAACAUAUUCUGCGCACAAUGAAACUAGUCUCCCUUUUUUGUUUGAUGAGGCCAAGCUGUUGAUUAAGUAUGCUGCUCUUCCUGAAUAAGGUCGAAGGGAGUGUAAUGUAGGAAUUUCAUAGGCUUAUUGGCUUUUGCAGUCUUUUUCGCCUUGCUGCUUUCCAACUCUAGUGCCACCUGCCACACUUUGUAAUGCAUUUUUUUAUAACAUCGGUCAUAUAAUCAGGAUUCUAGCCUGGUCCCAACCUGCAUUGAACCCAACUUGUUUGCUGAAACAGAUCAAAAUUAUGAGUGUGUGUUAGUUA